AGGCCGCCUGCGGGUCGGCCUCGAGCGCCGGGGAGUCCUCGGCCCUCGCGGCUUCUUCCCUGGCCCGGCCCGGCUGCUCCGGGCUCCGGGGCUGGGUGCUGUGAGGAAGGCGGCGCUGGCGGGCGGCUGGCGGAUCCGUGUGCGCUCCGUGCGCUCUCCGCGGGAUGCGGCGGAGAGCCGGUCCCCGUGACCCGGAUCCCGCGGUGAACCGGGAGGGCUCAGCUGGUGGACCGUCCUGGCGAGCAGCCACGAGCAGCAGAGCCCAGGGAUGAGUGUGUCCAGGGAAGAUGUGAGCGCCGCGCGGCUCCCGCCCGCCUGCCCCUGAAGCGCGCCCCCCGCCCCGGGCCCAGCAUGCGCCUGUCCGUGCGGAGGGCGCUGCUGGCAGCCGGCCUGGCCCUGGCCCUGGUGCUGGCCGUCCACCUGGGGCAGCGGGUGCUGGAGUGCCGGGCGGUGCUGGGGGGCCCGCGGGGCCCCCGGCGGACCAUGCGGCCCGAGCAGGAGGAGCUGGUGAUGGUGGGCGCGGACCGCGUGGAGUACCGCUACGGCAAGGCCAUGCCGCUCAUCUUCGUCGGGGGCGUGCCCCGGAGCGGCACCACGCUGAUGCGCGCCAUGCUGGACGCGCACCCCGAGGUGCGCUGCGGCGAGGAGACCCGCAUCAUCCCUCGCGUGCUGGCCAUGCGCCAGGCCUGGUCCAAGUCGGGCCGGGAGAAGCUGCGGCUGGACGAGGCGGGCGUGACGGACGAGGUGCUGGACGCCGCCAUGCAGGCCUUCAUCCUGGAGGUGAUCGCCAAGCACGGGGAGCCGGCCCGCGUCCUCUGCAACAAGGACCCCUUCACGCUCAAGUCUUCCGUCUACCUGUCGCGCCUCUUCCCCAACUCCAAGUUCCUGCUCAUGGUGCGCGACGGCCGGGCCUCCGUGCACUCCAUGAUCACCCGCAAGGUCACCAUCGCUGGCUUCGACCUCAGCAGCUACCGCGACUGCCUCACCAAGUGGAACAAGGCCAUCGAGGUGAUGUACGCGCAGUGCAUGGAGGUGGGCAAGGACAAGUGCCUGCCCGUGUACUACGAGCAGCUGGUGCUGCACCCCCGGCGCUCCCUCAAGCUCAUCCUCGACUUCCUGGGCAUCGCCUGGAGUGACGCUGUCCUCCACCAUGAGGACCUCAUCGGCAAGCCGGGCGGCGUCUCUCUGUCCAAGAUUGAACGAUCCACAGACCAGGUCAUCAAGCCCGUGAACCUGGAAGCUCUCUCCAAGUGGACUGGCCACAUCCCUGGGGAUGUGUUGAGGGACAUGGCCCAGAUCGCCCCCAUGCUGGCCCGGCUCGGCUAUGACCCCUAUGCAAACCCGCCCAACUACGGCAACCCCGACCCCAUUGUCAUCAACAACACACACCGGGUCUUGAAAGGGGACUAUAAAACACCAGCCAAUCUGAAAGGCUAUUUUCAGGGCUUCGCUGUUCCCUCUGCCGGAAAUGCUCUGCUACCCACACCCGUGCACGGCUGGCCUCGUUUCAUCAUCUAGAUCGUUGCUCACAGGGUGAACCCGAACAGCACCUCCUCCCACCUAGGAAGCUCGUGAUUUCCAGAUCUCGGCACAUGGCUUUGUUUGCCAGAAGAGGAGAAACUGCAUUCGAGUGGAAAUCGGACCUCUAAUCCAAGCAUAUUGCUUGCUAUUAACCGCCAAAACAGGACUGCUCACGAGGAACGUCUUUGCAUAUAUGUUUGCAAAAGCUGAGUCAUUGGAAACUUAACCUUGAGAUACUCUGUCUUAGGACAGUGCGGGGUAGAGAGCCAAGAGUGUGAAAGUAGUCCUGCUUUUGAAACUUAGGUUAUUUUAUAUUCUUCCCCUCGAGAACUUUUUUUGUUUUUUAAGAAAUGGAUUUGCCAUCCUCCUCAAUUCGCAGGACGGCUGUGGUGGCUUGUGUCUGGGUCAGGGCCUACCGCCUGUGCCUCUCCUGUUGACCCUUACUUUUGAAGUCAAAGAAUCUAUUUAAGAAUUUUAAUAUAUGAGGCUUUCUUUUAUCCUUCCUUGGUUCUACUCAGUUUCACAGAGGAAAACAAAUUAUAUAUAUAUAUUAUUUGAAUAAACGGAACAAGGACUCA